AAGCUAUUGCAAGAAUCCGGCAGUGGUCCAUCCAGACAUUCUGUACACAAAGCACAGUCCCUGGCAGCUUCAAUUCUAAACAUCUCACAUUCUGACCUUAAUGAUAUUCUAGAGAUUCCCGAUGAAGAGGAAAUAGCAAAUGCAAAGCGGUCAGUAGAAUAUGAUAAAGAAUGGAUGAACCACAUAAUGAAGCUGCUUGAAGGACAGGUAUUGGUAAUAUUCCACUGAGCAUUUCUCAUUUUAAACCAUUUACAUAAUGAAGAAUUUACAUGAA